AUGGAGGUAGAGGUUGUAACCUAUAAAUAUCUCAUCAAUGAAGAGGAAAUUUGUAAACCUUUUCCAGGCAAAAUUUUUCUGUUAAUAGCAAUUCCUUCAAGAACGUCUGAGUUUGAAGAAAGACAAGCUGUGCGGCAAACCUGGGGUUCUUUAGCUGUGAGUAAUAAAGAAAUACGAUUGGUUUUUAUGUUGGGAUAUCGUCCGGAGAUACACAGUCAUGAUUUAAAGACUGAAAGUGAAAAAUACCACGAUAUUAUUCAAGAGGAUUUUUACGAUAGUUACCGUAAUCUCAGUAUUAAAUCUGAAGCCAUUCUUCGUUUCGCCAACACGUUUUGUUCUGGUGUAAAAUACGUACUAAAAGUUGAUGUGGAUAUUUUUAUGAACCUGCCGGCAUUGAUCGCGGAUUUACUUUACUGA